AUGGAGCAAGAGAGCACCAAACGGCAGAGCACGGGGGCUGUAACUGCCACCGCCACUGGAGGUGGGCGCAUCGUGGGCGAACGGUACCAGUUGGGCCGCCUACUCGGCGAAGGCGAAUACUCCAAGCCGGUGGCCGUCAAGAUCCUGCCGCUCGCCGCCGCAGAACUGCGCCACGACGCCAAGCGUGAGGUGCUGCGGAGCGAGGAGCGGCUGUACAUGGUGAUGGAGCUCGUGGCCGGCGGCGAGGUCUACUUCAAACUCGCGCACGAGGGGCGGUUCGACGAGAACACGGCGCGACGGUACUUCCAGCAGCUGAUGGCGGGGGUGGAGUACUGCCACGCGGUGGGCGUGUGCCAUCGCGAUUUGAAGCCCGAGAAUCUGCUCCUCUCCGACCAGGGCCUCCUCAAGAUCUCCGACUUUGGCUUCUCCACCUUCUUCCGCGAAAGAGAUAGGAGCAAGGUGCUGCACACAGCGUGUGGCACGCCCAACUACGUGGCUCCCGAGGUGCUGGCCAAAAGGGGCUACGAGGGGACAGCGGCCGAUGUCUGGUCGUGCGGCUGCAUUCUCUACACAUUCGUCGCCGGCCACUUGGCGUUCGAGGACUCCAACCCAGACGUACUGUUCCGCAAGAUCAAAGCGGCCGACUACACAAUUCCCUCGCACGUUCCUGCCGGGGCUCGAGACCUGAUCGGGAGGAUACUGGUGCCGGACCCGGCAAAAAGGAUCACGAUGGCCCAGAUCAAGCAGCAUCCGUGGCUCGCCAUAAAUCCGUACCACGCGGAGCCGGUGGAGCAGGAGCCCUGGGAUCUCGCGGACCUGGAUGACGAAUUGGAGGUCGUGACGGAAACCACUUCAGCGUCAGGCCGCACAGGCCUUCAGACAGCGAACGCGUUCGAGUUGAUUGGGAUGAUGGGCACUCUCAACCUGUCGGGUCUUCUUCAGCGCGAUAGCGACACCUCCACCAAGCGAGCUCGCCAGCUGGCGAGCCAGACCAAGUUCAUCUCCACCGAGCCGCCAGACGCCAUCCUCGACCAGCUCAAGCGCGCUCUUGCCAAGCAGACCCACCUCUACGCCAAGGUGGACAAGGAUGCCUACAAGCUCAAGGUGGCGGGCCGAUGCGCCACGGGGCCGCUCACUUUCCGCGCGCAGAUCUUCCGCCUGGCGUCCCACCUCCACCUCGUCGACUUCACCAAGGGCCGGGGAGACGUGCUGGAGUACUACCGCAUCUACAACGCGGUGCUCGACACCCUGCAUGGCACAACAACAGCCACGGCGCCGCAGCACUGGGCGCAACAGCGGAGCGAACUCGUGCAGCUGAUCACGGCCCUAAACUGA